CUUUAAAUAUAAUAGAAAAUAAUACCAAAUUAAAUAACUUUAUAGUUUAUUAAAUCCUAAUAAAUUUUGAAUAAAAAAAAAAUUUAAGUUUUGUAUAAUCCAUAAUAUAUUGAUGUAAAUCAAUCCUGAAAAAAAAAUUAUUUUUUCAUAUUUUGUUCAUAGAGAACAAUAAAACAAUAUUCAUCACAAUCAUUCGAGAUGAAAUUAAUAACAGCUAUUCUAUUGUUAGCCACAAUCUUUUAUUAUUGUGAAGCAAGUGCAAAAGAUUGGUGGAUUAAUGGAAAUUUCUAUCAAAUAUACCCAAGAUCGUUUAUGGAUAGUGACGGAGAUGGUAUUGGUGACUUAAAUGGUAUCACCCAAAGAUUACCUUAUGUUAAAUCAAUUGGUAUGACUGGAGCGUGGUUAUCUCCAAUGUUUCAAUCUCCUAUGGCUGAUUUCGGCUACGACAUAUCUAAUUAUUAUGAAGUUCAACCAGAAUAUGGAACAAAAGACGAUUUUAGAAGACUUUUAGAAAAAGCUCAUGAACUUGGAUUAAAAAUAUUUUUGGAUUUUGUUCCAAAUCAUACAAGUGAUGAACAUGAAUGGUUCCAAAAAUCCAUUAAACGUAUUGAACCAUAUACCGAUUAUUAUGUGUGGCAUGAUGGAAAAAUAGAUCAAAAUGGUACACGCCAACCACCAAAUAACUGGAGAAGUGAUUUUCGUUAUAGUGCAUGGGAAUGGAAUGAUGAACGCCAACAAUAUUAUUUACAUCAAUUUGGUGUCAAACAGCCAGAUCUAAAUUAUCGUAAUCCAAAAGUUGUAGCUGCAAUGAAAGAUGUUUUAACAUUUUGGUUGGAUCAAGGUGUUGAUGGUUUUCGUAUUGAUGCAUUACCAUAUAUGUUUGAAAUUGAGGCUGAUCAAAAUGGAAACUAUCCUGAUGAACCAAUUAAUACAAAUUGUCCCAAUCCAGAUGAUAAUUGUCAUACAGUUAAAAUUUAUACUAAAGAUCAACCUGAAACUUUCGAAAUGGUAUAUCAAUGGCGCGAAUUAUGUGAUGAAUACAAGAAGAAACAUGGUGGUGAAACAAGAAUUUUAAUGACAGAAUCUUAUACUAGUCUCGACAAUAAUAUGAAAUUUUAUGGCAAUGGUAUUCGUAAUGGUUCGCAAAUUCCAUUUAAUUUUGAAAUAAUUACUAAAUUAAAUGUGAAUAGUACAGCACAAGAUUUUGCUAAUGUCAUUGAUUCAUGGUUAGUUCGUAUGCCAUCACAUGUUACAGCUAAUUGGGUUUUAGGUAACCAUGAUAAUCAUCGUGUCGCAUCUAGAUUUGGUCCAGAACGUACAGAUUUGUUAAAUAUUUUAGCACAAACUUUACCAGGAAAUGCCGUAACAUAUAAUGGGGAGGAGCUUGGUUUAACUGAUGUUUAUAUAUCAUGGGAAGAUUCAAUCGAUCCACAAGCCUGUAAUAGUGAUCCAGAUCAUUAUUUUUCAUUUUCACGGGAUCCAGCUCGAACACCAUUCCAAUGGGAUGAUACUAAAAAUUCUGGUUUUUCUACCGCAAAUAAAACUUGGUUACCUGUUGCAGAUAAUUAUAGUGAAAAUAAUGUCAAAUUACAAUUAUUAAAACCAAGAAGUCAUUUAAAAGUAUUUCUCGAUUUAGUACAAAUUCGUAAGCAUCCAUCAUUCCAAGAAGGUGAUAUUGAAGUGAAAGUAGUUGACAAUGUAUUGGUUUAUAAAAGAGAAAAUCCAGGAGAUAUUCCCUUUAUUGUUGUUUUGAAUUUAGAUAAAGAAGGUAAAAAUUUAAAUUUGCGAUCACUUUUUCCAAGAAUAGCAGAUGAAUUGGUUGUUGUUACCAAUUCCGUGCAAUCGGAGCACAAUAAAAUGGAUCGUGUAAAAUCAGACAACUUUUAUGCUGAACCGAAUGUUGGAAGCGUUCUUGUAUCAUUUUAAAAAGACAUUUCUUUAAUUCCAAAAUGAUUUUGAAAUGAUAUCAAUUUAAAUAAAUAAAAAUAACUAAGUCAAAAU